AUGAAUAUAUUAUUUUCUCAUAGAUGCUUUGAAUGCGUUUUUAAAACUCAUGACAAAACCUACAAAAGUUCAUUUAAAAUAUGGAUACUUCACAAACCAAUCAUUUGCAUCACCAAUCCAGAGGAUUUUCAGAGAGUAGCAUUCGAAAUUUUAGAAAAAGAUGAACGUUAUAAAUUCUUUGAAGAAGCAUUUGGUUAUUCAAUAUUCACAGCUGAAGUGGAAAAAUGGAAGAAAAAUCGACGCAUUCUGAGUCCAGCUUUUAAUCCUAAUAUCUUAUUUGAAUAUUUUUUGCAAAUAUUUAACCAACAAAACAUCACACUGAUUAAUGAACUGAAAAAAGAAGUUGGUACUGGACAACACUUCGAGAUACAUUCGUAUCUCAACCACACAUCAGUGAGGACGAUUUUAGAAGCCGCAGUGGGUUAUAAAGUUGGCAACGAUACCGCGGAGGUAGUAAAAUUUGAAAACGCUGUUACAAAAACGUUGCAAUUGUUGGUUCUACGAGGUGCUAAGCCCUGGUUGAUGUCUUCGCUCAUUUUCACAAUUUAUCGAUAUUUGAUGGGUUAUGGAAACGUAUUUAAAAACUUGAGAGAGCUCCCAUUAAAAGCACUGAAGAAGCAACGAGAGCUGUUUUAUCAACUCAAAAGUGAAAAUAACGUGAGUACCGAACAAGAACAAACAAUGAGAACUUUCAUAGGAAUCUUACUGAAUGCUCACGAAGUAGGAAAUCAUUUUACAGACAAAGACCUAACAAGUGAAGUGCUUAACAUCAUUUUUGCAGGCAGUGAGACGACUGCAAUGACAAACUGUUUUUGUUUGCUGUUGCUUGCAAUACGACAAGACAUACAAGAUAAAGUUUAUCAAGAAAUGUAUCAAGUAUUUGGAGACAGCGAUCGUUUACCAGAAGCUGAAGAUUUAACUAAACUAUCAUACUUGGAACAAUGCAUAAAAGAAACUCUUCGAAAAUAUCCGAUAGUUCCAAUUGUGGGUCGUUGUCCAAAACGUGAUAUAGCCAUCAGCAAUGGAAAAAUUAUUCCGGCAGGGUGUACGGUGGUGUUGAGCAUUUAUGGAAUUCAUCAUAAUCCUGAUUUAUAUUCUAAUCCAGAAAUUUGGGAUCCUAAUAAUUUCAGUCCUGAAAAGAUGGCCAGUCGUCCCAAGUCGAGCUUUGUGGCAUUUAGCACUGGACCACGAGAUUGCUUAGGUUACAAAUAUGGAAUGUUGUCCAUGAAAGCACAACUUUGCCUAUUGAUACGAAACUUCAGAAUUACCACCAAUUUCAAAAUGCGAGACAUCGAACUGGACAUUGGACCGUCAAUGAAAAGCGCCAAUGGUUAUCCAAUCAAGUUGCAAUAUAGGCAAAAGGAAUCCAUAUUUUGAUAAGUUAUACCUAUGUAGA